UGCUACGUCGAUUGCAGAGACGCCUGUUGCUCAGCAACCGCACGCGCCAGGGACAUGAAGGAAACAAUGUUGACGAGGCAAGACAGAAAAUCAUCGAGUAUGGGGUUCUAGAACUAAGCAUUUUAUGGAACUUUCUUGAGAAAACAUCUCCUCGGAAUCAUGUCACGCUCAGCUGCCAAAUCUCGCGACAAGUGUCGUGCUGCCAGCUUGGUUCUGGCACCUGCUCUUCCUCGCCCUGCCUCGGUCCAGAAUGUGGAGACAGUGGACAUUGUCCCAGGUCGCCUCACGGAAGCCGCCUGGGUCACCAUGAAAACACAGGACAACGGGGAGGAGGUGGUGGCGGAGAUCAUGGGAGAGCUGGAGGCUGCAGUGAUGGACAGGUGCUAUCAGGUGUACCUGCAAAAACAGCUGGUGCCAUUCACAGUGACCCGGGCCUAUGAAAGCCUGGUGCAGAUGUCUGACUGGCUGUUCCUGGCGAGGGAUGAGGGUGAGGGGCCAGAGAGUGCCACCUUGUGGGGGGAGGACACAGAGCCUGAACCCUGUAAGAGCGACUCAUGGGCCGAGGGCUGUGUUCCUGUCCGGUACACCAGUGUGAGCUCACACACACCUCUUUUGCAGAAGUUGCUGGAUUUGCACCUGGCAGAGUCUGCUGAUCCAUGGGACUCAGAUACACAGAGCAAGCCCCAGUCUCCCAGUAGACAGGACAGCAAGCCCCAGUCUCCCAGUAGACAGGACAGCAAGCCCCAGUCUCCCAGUAGACAGGACAGCAAGCUCCAGUCUCCCAGUAGACAGGACAGCAAACCCCAGUCUCCCAGUAGACAUGACAGCAAACCCCAUUCUCUCAGUAGACAUGACAGCAAACCCCAUUCUCUCAGUAGACAGGACAGCAAGCCCCAGUCUCCCAGUAGACAGGAGAGCAAGCUCCAGUCACCUACUAAGCCAGAGCCUCCAGACAGAGAGAAAACAGUCAUAGCAAAAAAAAGAAUAGUGGAUUCAACUGAACCUGAGAAGCCAGACAAGGCAGAGAAGAUAGAACCAGAGGAAGUCCAACCCUCACCUUACCUCACUGUAGCCACCUAUAAAGCCCAUAGGAGGAGACAGUCUCAGACCCACCCAGGCGCACACAAGGCCCUACCACCACCUCUGAAGACCUACAAACCCGUAUUCACCCCUAGUGGACCAGCCCAGCAAUACCAGAGCCUCUCUAUACCCCAACUUCAGGGGCAUAGACCACGAGAGGUCCCAGUCCCUAGGAGACUGGACCCCGCUAGACUACCACAACACCAUGUCUGGCCCGAGGUGGAGGUCCUGGAGCCUCGGCCCUCACACCACUCAAAGGAGAGAAUAGGGCCCAAAAGCAGGGCCCCCCUACAGCCCAAUCAGGACCAUCACAGCAUGGCACGCCGAGCCACCAUCACCCCCCUGACUGCCCACAUCCACCAGGCUUUACCCAGCAAGACCCGGAAGAAGAGUCUCCACCAUGGUGUCCAGCUACAGAGGCAUGUGCUCCGAGGCGGUACCCAGCCAAGGACCUCGACUGUGGGCUACACUCUCUCCACUGGCCUCGAUCUGGAUACCAUUGAGCUGGUGCCAGGAGUGGCCAUUGGGGACCCAGUAUGUGGGACUGGGGAAAACAAGCCGUUCUGGGUUUCCCGUCUGCCUGAGCUGAGGCCCAUCAGAAGCAGCCUCCCGGCCAUGUUGUGGUCCUUGGAUCAGGUGGUGGGGGGGCAGAGCCCUCGAGUCAGUGCCCCCACUGGGAAACACUGGUCAUGAGGAGCGAUAGGAACCACUGCUGUCUCAAUCACACUGCAGCCUAAUGGACUGUCAUUUGAUGAAUAGGUGCUGAUUUGCUUUUAUUUAAUUUAAGCUAUUCCAGCAUGUAUAAGCCCUCUUCCAAAUGUUGUGGUUGUUUAAGGAAGGCCACCUAGCAUCUAAACCUAUUUAAAUCAGGGACUGUACUUGAGUUUGUGUAUUUAUUUUGAUGCUUUUCUUCUGUGAGAUAGUGCUCCCAUGUUUUGUCAGAUGAACUUGAACCUCUACCCCCCAUGUAUUGUUACAUUGUUACAUAGUUACAUAACAACACAGUGAUAUUGUUACAUGAUUGUUACUGAUCACCUGUUUGUUUUCAGCUUCGCCUUGUUCAUAGAUGUCCUGAGGUUUGAUGUUAAUGCAGUUCAAUAUUUGACCCCAUGAUGGCAGUGCGGAUCAUAUUGUAACAUUUGUCAUCAUAAUGCUUCUGUGCAAAUUCAGGAGUUGUUUGCUAGGGUGCACCAAGAAUAUGCGACAACAACAGACGACCAAGGAAAAUACAUUAAACACCAUUGUUCAGGUCUAGCUCAACGCUUCAUACAUUUAUUUUAUUUUAGACAUAUAUUAUCUUUUGUAAUGACAUUAAUUCUCACCACCAAAAACUUGAGUCUUAUCAACCAUUGAGAAGAGUAUUUAAAAAAACAUCUAUGACUAGUAUCCCAUUUGGGCAAUUAUUCUAUGUUGAGUUCCUGCAUAGCGAUAAGGGCACUGUUUUUCUGUUUUUACUGCAAGCAAUACUAAAAUAUCCCCCAGCUAAUUUUGCACUGUAUGCAUGAAUUGUUUACAGACCAGCACACCAGGUACCGUAUGUGGCACCUCAACAUAAAGAUCUUACUUUUACUAUAUAGUACUUAUAUUUUGGAUAAUUUAUGUAAUAUUGAUGUAUUAUGUAUAUGGUUCUGUACAUUCUGGCUAACAUUUCAAGCAUAAUAAGAGUUGGACAUAGGCAUCAGAGGGCCCAAGCUAAUUGCCAUCAAAUCAAAAUCUAAUCAAAUGUAAAGCAUUCAUGAAGCCCGCAUAUAGGCUUCAUAAGCCCUGCAUAAAUGGGUCACCAAUCACCUAUAACCGUAUUUAAUGCUCUAUAAAAUAUUAAUAAAUGUGGUCAAAUAAAUUGAUGGUUAUGUCCCAAAGUUAUGCCACAUUAUGAAUUUUUAUAGAGCAUGAUAUACAGUUAUAGAUKAUUUUUGAAGCAUCUAUGUAGUGCUUAUGAAGCCUAUAUGAAGCCUUCAUAAGAUGCACUUCAAAUAAUGCGGGACCCACAAUCUCUAUACGGCUUAUGCCAAGAUAUAAUGUAUGAGGCAAAACCAAAUACACAGGCUAUAUGAAGCCCUUUUUACAUCAGCAGUUGUCACAAAGUUCUUAUAAGUUGUGUAAUCAGUUUCAUUGUGGACUCCACAGAGUUUUAUAGAGGGCUGUGUGUCAUUCUCUAAAAGCACUCUUGCCAGCUGGCACAUAUUGAGAAAAUMKCUCAUAGAUUCAUAGAUGUGGAACUUUUCAUGCAAAUACUGUAUAACCCAUUGGAAAAUAGCCUGUUUGUGGAUGAGCCUUAUGCAUGCAUAGUAGAGUAACAUACUAUAUCAUGACUAGUUUGGCUAAGAUAAACUGAUCAUUAUAAUAUUAUCCCAAAUAGGCAAGGUUGUGGGCGAUGCAUUGGUCAGGGUUUUGUGUAUCAGUAAUUUUUCUAUAUUUUAUACAAGCAGUAGAUAUUUUAUUUUAAAUGACACAAUCCCCAUCCAGUAAGAGGAUUUAAUAUGCCUGGUUUAUAUCCAAUGUAUUAUCAACAUGUAAAACGUUAAAUACCAUGUGUGAUGAUUUACUGCAUAUCCUGGCUCUCACAGUACUCCACAUAGCAUGAACGCCAUGGUGAUGAUUACAGCUUCAGUUCUUCUGCUGGGUUCUUAGUUUAACUAUAGUAACAGUCAUCCAUCUUAACUACAUUUUCAUCUCAUUGUGGAAAAAAWWUWUUAAUGUACUUGACUAUAUUGAUUAAGUUUCAUGUAACACCACGCCAACAAUAGGGAUAUAGGGAUAUCCUUGUCUCAGUAUGUAAAAAUGUAAUAAAAUGUAUGCACUCUACUGUAAGUCGCUCUGGAUAAGAGCGUCUGCUAAAUGACUAAAAUGUAAAUGUAAACAAUAAGAUGAGAUGAAAGUUUGGUUACACUUUACUUACAGAUUGCAGGUAUAAUGUAUCUAUAAUGCAUGGUCAAACUUGCCAAUAAUGUUUUAUUAUCCUUUCAGAAGUCUCUCUUCAGUAACAUUGCAUUACCCCCUACCCACAGUGGCCAGCUCUGGUUAUGCAGUUUCAGCACCCCUUUUCUAGUAGUUUAUUGUAUUUGCCCAGCACCCCUUAUUUCUCAUUGUAGUGGUACCUCCAAG